AUGGCGCCUCAGAGACUCACAGAGUACGAGCGCAAACGUCUCGAAAACAUCAAGCGCAACGAUGAACUGCUCGCUUCUCUCAAGAUCCAUUCAAAGCUUGCCGAUCUAUCUGCCUCCGCUAAGCGCCAAAGGCUGCAGAUUAAAUCUUACAGAGUUAGUCCAGAGAAGAAAGUAAAACCUGAAACCCCAAUCGUAAUCCGUAGAUCUCUCAGAACCCAAGGAAAAGAGCCAGAUUCUGCAACAAUACCCAAAUCACUAGUUAUCCCUAAAAAACCGCCUCAUGAAUUGGUCCCGAUUAGUAUGGCAGAUGCGAAUACUUGUUCUGAAUCGGAUCAAGUACUUGUGGAGAAGAUUUUGAGCGUCUGCCGAAUGAAAGAUGGUGAUAGUGAUGGAGGUUAUGCGAAGAAGGGUAUUGGAUUAAGGGUGAGGGGGUCCAUUGAUUUGGAGUCGAUGGAGUUGGCACCAGAGAAUAUUGCACGAGUUGUGGCAGGCAGGAUACUGUCAGUUAAAUUCUUUCCAUCAGCAGAUAUGAGAAUGGUCGUUGUGGGGGACAAAUUUGGAAAUGUUGGGUUUUGGAAUGUGGAUUCAGAAAAUGAGGAUGGAGACGGGAUUCACACGUAUCAACCUCAUUCAGCUCCUGUUUCAGGGAUUCUGAUUCAUCCGUUUUGCAUGAACAAGAUAAUUACAAGCUGUUAUGAUGGUCUUAUUCGCUUGUUAGAUAUUGAAAAGGAGAUAUUUGGUUUGGCAUAUUCGACUGAUGAUUCAAUUUUUUCUAUGUCCCAACGGCCUGAUGAUAUGAACUCCACAUAUUUUGGUGAGGGUAAUGGAGUACUCUGUAUCUGGGAUGAAAGGUCUGGGAAGACAUCGUUAUCAUGGAACUUACACGAGUCUAGGAUCAACACUAUAGAUUUUAAUUCAGAAAAUACCAAUACCAUGGCUACAUGUUCCUCAGAUGGAACUGCUUGCAUUUGGGAUUUGAGGAAACUCAGUAAAAGGAAGCCAGAAUCUCUUAAGCUGGUUGCUCAUAAGAGGGCUGUACAUUCUGCUUUCUUCUCUCCUUCAGGAAGCCUUCUUGCUACUACAAGCCUUGAUGACACGAUUGGACUGGUAAGCGGAGAGAACUAUGAGGAUGAGUUGAUGAUAAACCAUAACAAUCGGACAGGCAGAUGGCUUUCUACAUUCAGAGGUGUAUGGGGGUGGGAUGAUUCAUAUAUGUUUGUAGGAAACAUGAAGAGAGGGGUUGAUGUGAUAUCAACAGCAACAGAAGAGAUGAGAGUUGUUUCUACACUUGAGAGCCCUCACAUGUCUGCAAUCCCAUGUCGUUUUGAUCCUCAUCCCUUGAACCCUGGGAUGCUUGCAGGGACCACAGCUGGAGGACAGGUCUAUAUCUGGACCUCCUCUUCAUAACCACCUGUCUAGUUUUAUCUAUCAGAUCAUUUGGUUUUGGAUGUUUAUAUCAUGUGAUGGCUUAAUCGCCAAUUUUUGUAAGUUAUGAUCAUUUCGAGGUGGAAAAACUUUU